AUGAGGCAGCGUGUCCAGGGAGCCAUGAGGCAGCGUGUGCAGGGAGCCAUGAGGCAGCGUGUGCAGGGAGCCAUGAGGCAGCGUGUGCAGGGAGCCAUGAGGCAGCGUGUGCAGGGAGCCAUGAGGCAGCGUGUGCAGGGAGCCAUGAGGCAGCGUGUGCAGGGAGCCAUGAGGCAGCGUGUGCAGGGAGCCAUGAGGCAGCGUGUGCAGGGAGCCAUGAGGCAGCGUGUGCAGGGAGCCAUGAGGCAGCGUGUGCAGGGAGCCAUGAGGCAGCGUGUGCAGGGAGCCAUGAGGCAGCGUGUGCAGGGAGCCAUGAGGCAGCGUGUGCAGGGAGCCAUGAGGCAGCGUGUGCAGGGAGUCAAGAAGAUUCUCUCUGAUUUCUCAUGCCCGUGUGCAGGGAGCCAUGAGGCGGCGGGUACUGGCAGGGCUGAUGAAGGAG